AUGGCCGCCGAGAACGAGAACGUCGCCGCUGCCGUCCCGGAGGAGACCAAGGGCAAGGGCAAGGCCGUUGCCGGCGAGGAGCCCGUCGAGAAGAGCGACGCCAUGGAGGAGGAUGAGGAGUCCAGCGACGAGGAGGACAACGCCGAGGUCCCCGAGGCUGCUGAGGAGGAGGACGGCAUGGAGGAGAUCGACCUGAACAACAUCGUUGAGGGCGGCCGCCGCACUCGCGGCCGUGUCAUCGACUUCGCCAAGGCCGCCGAGGAGAACCCCGCCGAGGAGGACGAUGACGACGAGGACGACGACUUCCAGGCCCCCGACGACUCCAGGAUGGAUGAGGACUAA